AUGAGGGGCAGUGCAGCCCAGCCUGCCCCAGCAGAGCCUGCAGCGGACAAGGCUCCGGCUACCACAGCAGACAAGGCACCAGCUACCAGAGAGGAUCAGGAUGGUGGAAAGAAGGAAGAACCCACGAAGGAGAAGGCCUUGGCUGCUGUAGAUGGUCAGGAUGGGGGGAAGGAAGAACCUGGAAAGAAGGCUAGGGAUGGAGGAAAAGAAGAGCCUACAAAGGAAAAAGCCCCAGCUGCUGCAAAAGUGCAGGAUGGAGGGAAGAAAGCUGCAAACGUGGAGAAAGCCCCAGCUACAGCAAAGGCUCAGGAUGGAGGAAAGAAAGCAGGAAAGGUGGAGAAAGAGGCUGACAACCAGAAGCAGCCGAAGGACCCCAAGGCAGCGCGCCCCGUUCUGCAGCAAAGCCUGAGCUGCCCAGCUUCCUGCCAAAGGGUGCCAGAGGCAGCUGCGAUGGAGAUGAUACCAGAGGAGACAACAGCAGUGGAGGCAAAAGAGACUCCGGCAGCUCCUGCCACGGAGCCUGGCCCUGCCCCGACAGCCCUGGGAAACCUGCAGGCUCCAGAACAGUCCAUCCCCGCAGCUGAGCCUGGCGCUGCCCCGGGGAGCACUGGCACCCAGGAGGAGAGGACUUUGCUAGAGCCCGCCAGCACUACAGGACAGCCCCAGGCUGGCUUGGACGCAAGCCCUGCAGGGGCCCCUGCCUCUGCUCCCGGGGGCGCGGAGGAGCCGGGCCCUGAGCCCCAGGGGCAGCUCCCCUCGCCAGAGGCAGAGCCACCACCCAGCCCCUAUCUCACCCCUGACUUUGGGAAGGAAGACCCUUUCGAGAUACUGGAUGACGUCCCUCCACCACCUGCCCCCUUUGCACACCGCAUCGUCACGCUGCGGUCUGCCAAUGUGAGCACCCAGUUCAACCUCAGCACCAAGGACAUCCUGGGAGGGGGCAAGUUUGGUGAAGUCCGCACGUGCACAGAGAAACAGACAGGGCUCAAACUGGCUGCCAAAGUCAUCCGGAAACAGGGUGCCAAGGACAAGGAGAUGGUGCUGCUGGAGAUCGACGUGAUGAACCAGCUGAACCACCGGAACCUGAUCCAGCUCUAUGAUGCCAUUGAGACACCCCGGGAAAUCAUCCUCUUCAUGGAGUUCGUGGAGGGCGGCGAGCUCUUUGAGCGGAUCAUCGACGAUGACUACCACCUGACAGAAGUGGACUGCAUGGUGUUUGUGAGGCAGAUCUGCGAGGGGAUCCGCUUCAUGCAUCACAUGCGCGUCCUCCACCUCGACCUCAAGCCUGAAAACAUCCUCUGCGUUGCUGCCACUGGGCACAUGGUGAAGAUCAUCGACUUUGGGCUGGCUCGAAGGUACAACCCCCGGGAAAAGCUGAAAGUGAACUUCGGCACCCCUGAAUUCCUGUCCCCUGAGGUGGUGAACUACGAGCAGGUCUCCUAUUCCACGGAUAUGUGGAGCAUGGGUGUCAUCACUUACAUGCUACUCAGUGGCCUCUCCCCCUUCUUGGGUGACAAUGACACAGAGACACUCAACAAUGUCCUGGCUGCCAGCUGGUACUUUGAUGAAGAGACCUUCGAGAGUGUUUCUGAAGAGGCCAAGGACUUCGUCUCAAACCUCAUUAUCAAAGAAAAAAGUGCCCGAAUGAGCGCUGCCAAGUGCCUGCAGCAUCCGUGGCUCAACAACCUGGCAGAAAAGGCCAAGCGCUGCAACCGCCGCCUCAAGUCCCAGGUGCUGCUCAAGAAAUACGUCAUGCGGAGGCGCUGGAAGAAAAACUUCAUCGGUGUAUGUGCUGCCAACCGGUUCAAGAAGAUCACCAGCUCGGGAUCGCUGACAGAACUGGGUGUCUGAGCUCAGCCUCCCCUGGGAGGAGACUGAGCAGCGUGUGAGUCAAGGCCAAAGAGCAACCACUUGGAAUAGGGGCUUGCGUGCUGCAGA